CUGUGAAAAGACCUACCCGUGACUGACCAUAGUUUCCUGUAUCCGUUUGACUGAUUGACCACUUUGAAGAAAACCGACAGAAAAAGAAUCGCAUUAAAAUGGAUAACAGCAACCCUGCUCCUGUGGGAAGUUUUACAGAUGGAGAGGACGGCCAGCCAGGAGGUUACCUAAUCAAAAUUGGAGGUGCCAAAGUAUGCAGGGGACAUGCCAGAUGAAGAUGUAGAUCAUAAUCCAGAUGCUGCACCCCCUGAGCCUUCAGCACCUUCUCUAGAUGGGUUGAGCCCAAUACCUGGGUAUCAGAAUAUAGGAUUCUCUGGAGAUUUUUUACCACCUCCCCCAUGUGCAGAUGUAGUGCAGCCACAGGAAGAGAGAAAAGAUAUAACCAAUGUAUCAGUUAUAGGAGAAGAUGAGGCCAGACAAGCAUUGAGACUGUAUGUAGGAGAGAACUGUUGCUAUGGUAAAAAGCCCGUAGAAGAAUUAACGUUUACAGAAUUACAGUCAUCUAAUGCAUUUCAUUAUAGUUUAGACACAUUCACAGAAGCACGAUCCACAGAAUGGGAUUUUGUACCAUAUAUGGGAGGACCAUUAGAUGGACCAGAGAAUGGACCAGCCCCUGGUCCAUGGGAUGUACCUGCUCAGUGUAAAGAAUUAUUUAAAGAUGAAAAGAGAGAUUUAGAAGUUCCACAUACAGCUACAACUAAACCUUGCCACAAUUGUUUUGCAGUUGGUUUUGUAAGAUGUUGGCACUGCCAUGGUAGAGGACAGAAUAGAUGUACAAGUUGUUCUGGAUCGGGAAAAAGAAUGGAUGAUGAGGAAUGUUCAUUUUGUAAUGGUACAGGUAAAAGAGAUUGUAUGACCUGUCACAGUAAAGGCAAUGUUAUUUGUAAAAUAUGUCAAGGUCAUAGAAUACUCAAAUACUACAUAAAACUGACAAUUAAAUGGCAUAAACAUGAUGACAACCAUAUUGUAGAAAGAACAAGUUUACCUGACAAACUUAUUAAGAAGGUUGAAGGACAGACUGCUUUUGAAGAAACUUAUCCCAGGGUAUAUCCAAUCCAGCAUUUUGUAGAGCAAGAAAUUAAUAAUGCAUCAGCUAGUCUUGUAUCCAAACACCAGUAUCCCAUGGAGAGAGUUCUCAUGCAGAGACACAGUGUAAGGAUAGUACCAGUAACAGUUUGUCGUUACAAAUGGAAUGACACAGAAUCUGACUUUAUAGUGUAUGGAUUAGAGAAGAAAGUUCAUGCUCCUGACUAUCCUCAACAAAAUUGUUGUGGCUGUUCUGUCUUAUAGAAUUAGACAAGGAAGAAUUUGAUGGGAUAACUUUUCAGUAUACAUGUAUUUCAAAAUGUAUCAAAAAUUUUGAGAAAUGUUUCUGUACUAUCAUGACUAUGUUAUAGUAUAAAAGAUAUAUUGCAUUUUCAACCAGGCCCUACCAUUGUCACAACAAUAAUACAUUGUAGUUACCUGGGAAAGUCUUAAAAUUGAAAUCCAGAAAAAAUAUAGCCCAUGACCCUGCAGCUUCUUACAUGGUCACCAUGCUGAAUUUCUGUUUACAUACUAAACUAUGAAGAGUUUUCUGAAAUUUUCUCCUCUGAAAUAUGUGUUAAAAUUGGUAGCAAACAUGACCCCAUAAGUACAGUAAGCACAUUAAAUCAGUGUGGUCAAUGCAGGCACAUGGGAGCCUCCUGUUUGAAAACAUUAUUUUUAAUGCACAUUGAAAGCUUUCUCAAAAGUAUAAACAGAGCCUGCUAGGAGCAUCCUAACAUGAAGAAACAUACAGUCCCUGAAAUGGUCAUGAUGAUGGGAAGGAAAAUAUACUGGUUUUACCCUAUAGAAUUUAAUUUUGUUAAUACUAUGGAUUCAAAAUAAUUCUUGGAAUAAAUUUUUCAAGAAUUUCAUGGGUAAAUGUUAACACAAAUUUAAGUGUUUAACAAAAUAUGAAUUUCCUAAAUGUUUGUUUUCAGACCUUUUAAUGACAUAAUUAUUCAUCUUACCAGUGUCUGCUCUAUUGGUUUCCUAAAUGAUCUCUUUUUGUGUUUAUUUUUCUGUUUGACCAGUUGUUUAUUGUGGAUUCAGUAUUAUUCAUGGGAUACCAAUUUAGAAUAUAUCAAGGGUUUAGAUGAAUCAUGAGUUUAAAUGUUUAACGAAGAAGACAUUUUCUAUUAGCAAAUCAACAAAUAUGAAUAUCUGCGAAAAUACAACACCUCCUCAAUCCACGAAAAAUAAAUGAAUCCACAGUAUUUGUUGAAGAGUUAUUGGAUGUUUACAACAUUAAUGGAAAGGAAUUCCUGUAAACUCCAUUUUUAUAAUCUAUAAAUUAUAUAUAUGCUAUUGACUUAUAUAAAAACAUAUUCACUGCAAUCAAUGAAGAUUUACAUAUUUCAAAUCUUUUGUGAUUUAUUAUUUAUCUGAAAAUUGCCAAUAGUGAAGAAAAAAAUAUUUCAAAGUGAAAUGUUCUCUAAACAGCUGGAAAAUGGAAAUAUGUUGGUAAUGGCAAACAAUGGGAAAAGAAUAAUAUUCAUAAUUCAUUUUCAGAUUUGUUACAGUCCAAAUGGCAGUUUUGCAGAAACUUAAAUCUUUUUUUUUGUUGGAGGGAAAACAUGAAUUAUUUUUAUUGAUUUUUUCUUCAAGGGAAAUAGUUAAUAGUUGUAUAUUUAUUUUCAGUAUGCAUAAUCUUUCAGAAUCAAAUAGUUUGACAUUUUUGACUUGAUAUGUACUGUUUUGUGUCUUUGACACAUUUGAGUUUCCUUAAUAUCAGACAUGUUCCUAUUGACAGUCAGCACUAAGCAUCUUUAAAUUGUUAAAACUGAUUGGAUGAUAAAAAAUAUGGAAAACAGUUGACUAAAAUGACCUAAAGGGGAGGGUUUGGCAUCAGCAAACUAGUUUAACCAGGCCACAUUCUAUAUGUACCUGUCCCUAGUAAGGACCCUGUAAUUGAGAAGUUGUUGUUUUUUACUGUUUUUAUACGACUGCAAAAAAAUUUUUAUAUUGGUAUGACGUUAGCGUCAUCGUCGUCGGCGUCACCUGGCGUCGUUGUCGUUGUCCAAAGACACAUUGGUUUUCGCACUCUAACUUUAGUUUAAGUGAAUGGAUCUCUAUGAAAUUUUACCAUAAGGUUCAAUACCACAAAAGGAAGAUUGGGAUUGAUUUUGGGGGUUAUGGUACCAACAGUUAAGGAAUAAGGGGCCCAAAAGGGGCCAAAAAUAAGCAUUGUUGUAACUUCCAGACAUAACUUGUGUGUUAGUGUAUGGAUCUCUCUGACAUUGUUCCACAAGGUUCCAUAUCACAAAGGGAAUGCUGGGAUUGAUUUUGGGGGUAAUUGCUUCAAAAUUGUAGGAAUUAGGAGCCAAAAAAGGGGCAAAAAACAAGCAUUUUUCUUGUUUCAUGACAAUAACUUGUGUGUAAGUGUAUGGAUCUUUCUGAAAUUGUACUACAAGGUUCCAUAUCACAAAGGGAAAGCUGGAAUUGAGUUUGGGGGUAAUUGCCAAAAACGUUUAGGAAUUAGGGGCCAAAAAGGGGCCAAAAUUAAGCAUUUUUCUAGUUUCCAGACAAUAACUUGUGUUCAAGUGUCUGGAUCUCUCUGAAAUUGUACUGCAAGGUACCAUACCACAAAGGGAAGGCUGGGAUUGAUUUUGGGGGUAAUUGCCUCAAAAUUUUAGGAAUUAGGGGCCAAAAAGGGGCAAAAAACAAGCAUUUUUCUUAUUUCAGGAAAAUAACUUGUGUGUAAGUGUAUGGAUCUUUAUGAAAUUGUACUACAAGGUUCCAUAUUACAAAGGGAAAGCUGGAAUUGAGUUUGGGGGUAAUUGCCCAAAACGUUUAGGAAUUAGGGGCCAAAAAUAAGCAUUUUUCUAGUUUCCAGACAAUAACUUGUGUUCAAGUGUAUGGAUCUCUCUGAAAUUGUACUGCAAGGUACCAUACCACAAAGGGAAGGCUGGGAUUGAGUUCGGGGGUGAUGAAUCAUAAGGGGGUUCAAAAAAUUUGGGGUAGGGAUUUUUUUUUUUUUUUUUUCCUUUUUUUUUUCUUUAAAAUUUUCCAUUUUAAAUUGGUUAUUUCUGAUUUAUAUAUUAAAGCAAAUAAUAAUGAUAUGGUUUGAAUAGGUAAAUUUAAAAAUUUUAAGUUUUUAGACCACAUUCAUUCUGUGUCAGAAACCUAUGCUGUGUCAAAUAUUUAUUCACAAUCCAAAUUCAGUGCUGUAUCAAGCUUGAAUGUUGUGUCCAUACUUGCCCCAACUGUUCAGGGUUGGACCUCUGCGGUCGUAUCAAGCUGCGCCCAGCGGAGCAUUUUAUUCAUAUUUGUUUUAUAUUUAUUGUUUUGUAAAAUUUGUUAUUGUGUUGUGCCAUUACACCACUGCCCCAGGUUAGGAGAGGGUUGGCACCUCCAAAAUAGUUUAACCCCGCCACAUUCUUAUGUGCCUGUCCCAAGUCAAGAUCCUGUAGUUCAGUGGUUGUCAUUGGUUCAUUUCUAUCAUAUUUGUUUUUCUUAAAUUGUUAUAAAUUAGGCCAUUAGUUUUCUCAAUUGAGUUGAUUCAUAUUUUUCAUGUCAGGACCUUUUAUAGCUAACUAUACAGUAUGGACCUUUCUCAUUGUUGAAGGCUGUAUGGUUGUCUAUAAUUGCUUACAUCCACUUCAUUUGAACUUUGGUAGAUAGUUGUCUCAUUGGCAAUCAUAUCACAUCUCCUUAUUUUUAUAUUAAUGUUUAUUAGAGGCCCUUUAAAUAUGGUAUGUGUUAGGACUGUGUAAUGUGAUUUUAAGUUGUGUAGAUAAUUUAUGUCAUUUUAGUUUUUGGUUAAUUGUUGCCUCACGUUAUCAUCACAUUCUUGUUUUAAACGAUUCUGUUUUAUAAUUUUUUAUUUGGUAUUUUUUUUGAAAGACUGUUUUUAUAAAAGGUAGUUUAUAUACAUACAUCAAUUUGUAAUUACUGCUGAAUUUUACUCGACAUCUACAUGUAAUAUCUCUGUUUAUGAGUGUCUUCUGUAGUCCAUUCGAUGAUUAAGCUUGAAAACAGAGAAACUAUUUAAACACACAAAAUAUAUAUCAUAAGACUGAAUUCACCAUUGGAAUGAAAUGAGUAAGAAAAUUUUCCAUAGGUCUCUACAAUGGAGUUAGCAAAGUAAUGCAUGACAAGCUAAUAAAAUAUGUGCAGAACAAUUUCUAAUGUUAAUGUUUUUUUAUUGAACCAUAAUGAAAUUUAUCUGUUAUACCUCUUGUGGUGUAAGUAGGUAUAGUGCUUUGACAUAAUUAUCCAUCACUUGUGAUUUUUCAAUGUAUAUUGAUAUAACACUCCAUUUGUUAAAAUGAAUUGUAGGAUCUGUUCGUUUUAUAUUAAUCAACUGGUCAACCCUCGACAAAAUAAAAAACAGAUGAAGACAAAAUCAUGACAAAAUAAACAAAUAAAUUUCAAACUAUUUUGAGUCUUAUAAUGGACACCUUUAAUAAACACUUAUCGUAAAUGCCUUCAAAAUAUUUGUCAUAUGGAAUAUACAGCAAAUAUGUAAGUGACGAAUAGUUUUGCCCUUUCACUGUAAAUUAAAAUAACAAUAAACAAAUGAACAGAGCUUGUUAUGUGGUAUGCUGUGUUUUGUAUAAUUUUGUAUAAUGAACUAUGAAUGUUUAUGUUAUUUAACAUGUAUUUUAUUGAAUCUCAUUGACAAUAUCCUGAUGUCUUGUCUUAUUCAUCAUGAUCAGGUUAGGAUAUUUUUAUGUUUUAAAGAUCUUGUAACUAUUUUAGAUUUUUUUUGUAUUUUUAAAGAAUAAACAAUUUUAACCAUGUUAAGAAAUCAUUUAAAACUGCUGAAUUAUUUAAUUUCUCUUUAUUCAGACAUUUUAAAUGGGCUAUUCAUGUUAUCUUUAUUUUUAUUGACCCACCAUCUACAAGUUAUAAGCAUUUAAUAAUAUAGUUAUUCACCUUACAUUCAAUUAAUAAUGUGCAAUAAAUUCCUUAUUUAGUA